AUGCAAGAUGCCAUGAGUUGUAUAAAUAAAUUGCCUUCUGUUACCGGAUUGGCAUGGGGUUGCGUCAAUGCACAAUUUGGAAACUGCAAAUGUACAGUUGAUACGUCCUAUCAGAAUGAUUGGGCACAUACAUUCUCAGAGGCAAAAAAUAAUUUAUUCAAAGCAUGUUCAGCUAGUAUCGAAGUAGAACGAUAUGAAGGAAACAUUGGUUUAUGUGAAUGCCUCUUACGAGUAGAAAAAGAAUGGUCAGGUGGAUUUCAAGGAACUUUAUUAAUUCCAGUUACAGGUACACAUAAUCCGUGGGAGCUUGAGAUCCGUUUUAAUAAGUCAGCAAACAUUCAAACAUCGUACGGUAAUUUAACAAACAAAAUUAAUGAUCAAACCUUGCAACCGGUUAAUAUUAGUUUGAUUAUUGUUCCUCCUUUAUCAAUAUUUCCGUCAAAACCAAUCAAUAUAUCGACAAAUAAUGGCACAUAUGAUUAUGGGGCUGUACUUUAUGCUUCGAUUCUUUUCUACGAAUCACAACGAUCUGGUCGGCUUUCAGCUAAUAAACGUAUUAGUUGGCGAGGUGAUUCGAUGCUAAAAGAUUGUGGGGAGAAUGGAGAAGAUUUAACCGGUGGUUAUUUUAUUGAUGGUAGUAGUCUCGAAAAAAUUAGUUCCCGAACGGCUCAAUUCACAUCAGUAUUAGCAUGGGGUGUAAUUGAUUAUGAAGAUGCAUAUGUUAAAGCGGGUCAAUUAGAAUAUGUUCGUGAUGCUAUCCAUUGGUCAACUGAUUAUUUAAUCAAGGCACAUGUAAACGAACGUGAAUUUUAUGAACGAGUAGGUGAUGAAGAAUUUCGGAAAUCAUUGAUUGACGAUUGGUCGAGACCAGAAGACAUAUUGGUAUCACGACCAACAUUAAAAAUAGAUCUUAAUAAAGAUAAUCUUUUUGUGCCGGGUGAAGCGGCCGCUGCUUUAGCUGCUGCUUCGAUUGUUUUUCGUUUGUCCGAUCCAGUUUAUCACGCAAAAUUAUUGAUACAUGCUCGACAAUUGUAUAAUCUUGCAAAGAAUAAUAAUCGACAUCUUUUCUUUCUACCUAGUAAAGGAGGGAAUGCAUUAGCAUGGGCUGCUCUUUGGCUUUUACGUGCUACGGGUGAACAAAAUUACCUAUUAGAUGCUAAACAACAUUAUAUCGAGUUUGAACUUGAUGAGUAUACGCAAACGAUAUAUGAAGAAUAUAUUCGAACAAUAGGUGUUCAAGUUCUUAUGGCGAAAAUUAUUAAAGAACAAAUAUAUCGUAAAGUUGUUGAAAGAACAUGUAACAAUGUUGUACACAACAUGCAAACAACGGAGAAAGGUCUUGCUUAUAUCGAUGCUUUUAGCAAACUUAAAAGCACUGCUGAUAUGGCAUUUUUUUGUUUACAAGCUGCUGAUAUCGGUAUUAAUACUCAAGAAUAUCUCAACUUUACCACUAGUCAAAUUGGUUAUAUGUUAGGUGAUUCUGGUAGAUCAUAUGUUGUUGGUGUUGGUCAAAAUUAUCCCAAGAAACCUCGUGAUCGAGGAAGUUCAUGUCCUGCUCUACCAGCAACAUGCAAUGAACGAGCAUAUUUAAAUCCAAAUGCAAAUCCUUAUUUAUUAGUAGGUGCUUUAGUUAGUGGGCCAAGCUUCGGUGAUUUUUCUGACGAUGAUCGUUUGGAAAGCAAAACAAAUCAAGUUAGUGUGGAAAAUAAUGCUGGGUUUCAAUCUGCUGUUGCUGGUUUACUAUAUCAUCAACUUGGUUUAGGAAAAUAA